AUGGCUAAUCAAAUCUUCACUGACCUUGGCGAUUCACCGCCUGUGUAUCGAAUAGACCUCUCACUGCCUCCCUCGGAGCGAUACGUGGAACUCGCGACGAUCUACAGGAAUAAGCUGCGGUCGCUUACCGGGCUUUUCGACGAGCUGAUAUCUUCUCUUCGUCCCGGCAUUUCGCUGAUCUGGGUCCAACGCGCUGCCCGCCUUUUCCUGAGGAGACUAUACACCAAUGAGGAGACAGAGGAGAUCAAGGGAAUAUGCAAGGCUACGGGAAUUGAUCUGUACCUCCUGGUAUCUCUCAAUGUGCUGCUGGACCUCUUGAUGGGAUGCACGAGUGGUGCAGCUUUGAGUAAGGACGACGGCGAUAUAGACGCGAGAAUGCUACAUUUUCGCACCCUUGAUUGGAAUAUGGAUGGCCUGCGGGAACUGAUCGUCCAGCUGGAGUUUGUGCGCGGCCCAGAUACCGAAAAUGUGCUUGCGACCAGCAUCACGUACGUAGGCUUCGUGGGCGUUUUAACCGGUACCCGCAAGGGCCUGAGCGUUUCCCUCAACUUCCGGCCAAAUCAUGACAUGAGCACUGCUUGGGCCAACAUGCGCUUCUACGGUAACCAUAUUCUGGUCCUGCUUGGCAUUCGUCGAUCAAUCUCUUCUUUACUCCGGCAAUGCCUUCUUCCCUCGGAGAGUCCAGAGUGGAAGCUGGGGGCCAAGUCGCCCGAGCCGAAGGACAUUUCGUUGGACGUUAUCUCCGCCGUUGUGCCACAGAUUCCAACUACAGCUGCAUACCUGAUAUUCUGUGACGGGAGAUCUGCCGUCACAAUGGAAAAGGAUCACCGCUCGGCCGUCGUUCAGGCCUCGAACACCUUCAUCGUCACCACAAAUAGUGAUGUGGAUACUAUGCCCUCCUUAACUAAAAACCACUCUGGCUUACUUGAUGACAAAACCAUGAUGCUCGACAUAAUAGAAGACAGCAACUACCGAAAAGCUUGCAUGCAGGCUCACUGGGACCGAAAGAUUGAAAAGUGGAACCAUGCUCGAAAUGCUCAACCUAACGACAGGCAGCAAUCACCUGCCGUAGUGACAACUCCAGAAGUCCUGGAAAAGACAAGCUCGCGAGGUAAAGAAAGCCCUGUUUCAACAGAAGCUGAAGGUGUUUCGGACAAGUCAGUCACCCCUGUUUGCGUGACAGCAACGCCGGUCGAACUGAUCCAGUGGACGACCACAUACCCAACAACUAAUCAAAUGACGCAUUUUGCAACCAUUAUGGACCCUACAUUUGGAAAGAUCUUUUGGCUGAAACGAUACCCAGUACCCCUCGGCAUUAACACCAAUCUCUAG